AUGCAGAACGUUGCUCAUCACCCGCCCCCAGCAGAAGAAUGUGGAGGUGAAAACAUCACCAACUCAACCAGCUUGAGUUUUCGGUACAAAAAGCGAGAGCAAUUCAAUUCUAACCCGACUCUCAAACAGCUUCGACUUUCAAAAGCACACAACCAUUUACUGGUUCCGAUAGAAGGUGAAAACGUACAACUGUCGUGUGUGAUGUGCUGUACGUUAAACCACGACAGUGAAAAUGCUGAGCAUAGUCGCAAAGGAUUCAAGACGCGGUAUAUGUGUAGCAAGUGCACGGUACCGCUUUGUCGUAUCCUCCGCUGGAACGGUGAGGAAUCGUGCUUCACCAAGUUUCACAAAGACAAGGUACUGGUGAACCCUUGCAACGUCCCGGAGCAACUCUGCACGACCCGGAAAAACGACAAUCGAGCUCCACCCUAA